GAGUACCCUGGACACCCUGACACACAUAAAAGUUUAAAUGUGUUGUAUCUAACAGCCUGUCAGUGGGGGUGGGGUGGGGGCCCGAAGCCGCGUUCCGCCCUGCGUUGCUCUCAGAAACACCACACCACUGCAAUACACUGUACACGGCAGUUUCCACUCCGGACCGAGCACAGUAACCCAGCGCCGGCACGUCUGCGCCGCCGGAACACAUGGCCAGGCAGCAAAGCCUCUGAGAUUUUCAGCAAAGACAACUGAACAGCCCCUAGCAGUUUCUCCAUCAUGGUGUAUGGACAGAUUUUUCAUCACCCGAGCCCAGAUGAUUACUUUAUCAAUGUCAAUGUUGGUGGUUUCAAACAACGAAUGGAGCACAACGUUCUGAAACGAUUCCCGCAGACACGUCUGGGUCGGCUUCUGUGUUGCAGCUCCAAAGAAGCGAUACUGGAGCUCUGCGAUGACUUCAGUCCUUCUGAAAUGGAGUUCUAUUUUGAUCGCAGUCCACUUUUUUUCUGCUAUGUUCUCAACUUUUACCUCACAGGCAAAAUCCAUCUGGUGGACGGGUUGUGUGUAGUCUCUUUUGUUCAAGAGAUUGAGUACUGGGGCAUUAAGGAGCGCUACCUAGACUUCUGCUGUAGCAACAAAUUCCAUGAGCUGACCAUGCUUGCUGAAGGUAGUUGUUGGGAUCAGAGGAGCGAUGACCUGCAACUCAACAGCACAGACUCAUCUGUUGAGGACCUGUCAGCUUUGGAGGAUGACAUAGAAUUGUUUGAAGGUUCCUGGUGUGCAGAUGUCCGCAGGAAUAUUUGGAUUCGACUUGAGAAUCCAGGUUACUCCAUUUUGGCCAAAAUGAUGGCUGUAGCAUCUCUAAGUGUGGUCAUUGUCUCUAUUGUUGCCAUGUGCAUCCACAGCAUGCCGGACUUCCACCAAGUGGACCUCAAUGAGAAGGAGAUUGAAAACCCAGCGCUGACUUUCUUUGAGAACUUCUGUGUUUUGUAUUUCUCCACAGAAUUUAUUCUUCGUUUGGCUGUAGCACCAUCAGCCAGGAAGUUCUUGUAUAACCCCCUCAAUAUUAUUGAUUUUUUGUCAGUUAUGCCCUUCUAUGUCACAAUGGCCUGUGAUGUAUUGGAUGAAGGUGAGAACACAGACCUGGAGAAUAUUGGCAAAGUGGUGCAGAUCUUGAGGUUGAUGCGGGUGUUUCGCAUCCUAAAACUGGCUCGCCACUCAGCAGGUCUACGCUCUCUUGGUGCUACUCUGCAACACAGCUCCCAUGAAGUAGGCCAGCUUGUGCUUUUCUUGUCUGUAGGCAUUUCUAUGUUUUCUGCUCUCAUUUACUUUGUAGAAAGAGAAUCUCAAGAGUCAAUGCUGCAGACAAUACCUGUAGGCUGGUGGUGGGCCACCAUUAGCAUGACUACAGUGGGUUACGGGGACACCUUUCCUGUUACGCUUACUGGGAAGAUAAUAGGGACACUGUGUAUUAUCUGUGGGCUUUUGAUUGUGGCUCUGCCCAUUACUAACAUCUUCAAUAAAUUCUCCAAGUUCUAUCAGAGGCAAAGACGCCUAGAUCUUAGAAACAGCAAUAAGUGAACUCACUCCAGCAAGAACAGGAGUUUUCUUAAGAGAAGCAGGAUGUAAUAUCAAAACACACAUCACAACUGAUGAGAAGCUAUAAAAUAUUACAAAUAUGUUUAUGGUUUUGAGGAUUAGUUCAACAUUUUGGGAAAUUUGCUUAUUUGCUAUCGCUCAUAGAGCUAAAUAAAAAGACUGAUACCACUCGCACAUCUGUGUGCUAACUAUGGAGCUGGCAGCAGCACAUGGUUAUCCAAAGGUAACAAAACUGCCAAUCAGCACAGACUAUUCUUAGCCAGGACUGGUUACCGAGGCAACCAGGGGAAACUCUAGAUAGCUAGUCUGGCUCAUAACCCUGUGUAAGAUAGCAAAUUGGUGUCCAGAUGAGUAGAAUCUGUUCAGAUGCUGGAAUGUGGAUUUUGUUGCUGUUGUUAUGUGGGUGGGCUAGCCAUCCCAGUCCCAUUCCCCAGGAGUCAAAUGUUUUGUCAUGUCCCUCAGUAUCUCAUCCAGACAAAGAAGGUUUUCUUUAGCAUCUGGAUGAGAUGGAUCAGAAUUUAAGUGUAAACCCUUCCAGGUUAAUAUGAGACUAUCGGAGCAACUGCUCAACCCGACAUAGUAUGCAAAGCAAAAAAGAGGGAUGGAGGUUGGGAUUAAGUUAAGGUUCUCACACACACACACAACCUUCGCCCAGGAGGCUGAGGUUUGUGUCCUGUGUGUAACCAUCAUUGUUAUUUUCCUAACCAGGUAAUGUUGUACCUAAACUAAACCAAGUGCUUUUCUUUCACGUGAACCACUUGUUAAAAAGGCUUUGUGGCGGGAAGUCUUUCCACGUUGCACAUGGGUGUUAAAUGGUAACUCAUGCAUCUGUAUAAAAUGCUGCGGGACGUGACGAAGCAGAGCUGCUAUUGGACAAGCUGGCAACAAUCAG